AUGUCUGUCCCUCUUGCAUUCCUCGGCGACCUCUCGGACCCUGCUCAGGAUGUGUCCCUUGGGGACCAGCUCGCAGAACUUGUCACCGAUUCCGGUCGCGUCUCCACGCUUCUCGACUGCCUCGCCUCUACCGAGGCCCCCGUACUCUGGUCCACCGACUCGUCACGUCCGCCACUGCAGCAUAAAGCACUAUGCCGAUUCGUCUCUGGCUUCGCGCUGCCGACAUCUGGACUCUAUGGCUCCUUGGGUCCCAAUGACCGUGUCAUGGUCGUUCUUCCUACAAGCCCCGAGAACGCCGUUGCGCUCAUGGCCGUCUCUUCCUAUCACACCUGCGCUCCCGUCAACUCCAGCUGCACUCCCGCGGAGAUCGCCGAGGACGCAGCUCGCCUACGAGUCAAGGCGGUCUUCACGACUCCCGAUGCAACGGAGCGGCUUGACCUCAAGAAGCUCAGGGAGCAGCUGAAAUGCGACAUUAUCUUCAUGCACGCACGGUCGGAUGGCCCCGCAGGUUUGUUCGACAUGACGGUCAUGACGGACGGUGACGAGGAGGCCUCGAACGUAAUACACAAGCUCGUUUCGCGACCGUCGCAGCCACACGGGCUGUCUGAUUACUCGCUAAUUCUACACACUUCUGGUACGAGUGGCAAAAAGAAGGUUGUUCCGUAUACACUUCGUUCUCUCAUUGUCGGCACCUGUGCCGUGAUUCGCUCAUGGGCUCUUAGGGAUGACGAUGUGAACAUGAACAUGAUGCCGCUGUUCCACGUCGGUGGUAUUAUUCGCAACUUAUGGGCGCCCGUCUUCUCAGGCGGGAGCGCAAUUAUGUGUCCAGGCUUUGACAGCACUGCCUUCUGGCCGAUCGUCAUGGCUUGUGGAGCGACCUGGUAUUACGCUGCGCCGACGAUGCAUCACGCUAUUUUGGGGUCGAUGCCCGAGACGGUAGUCCCAUCGAGAGAUGUCCGCAUUCGGAUGGUUGCAAACGCGGCCGGCGGUUUACUACCUACUCUAGCUCAACAGGUGAAGGAUACCUUCGGCUCUAUCGUACUUCCCUCAUACGGAAUGACGGAGUGUAUGCCUAUCGCUUCGCCCCCGACGACGUAUCAACUUGAUCGCCCGGGUUGUUCCGGCAUCGCUUGUGGUCCCCACAUGUCUAUCCGCGAUCCUUUCAACCUGGAGCGCGAGUUGCCUCGGGGAUCCACCGGCGCUGUGUGUGUACGUGGCAUCCCGACGUUUGAGGGAUACGAGACUGAGCCCGGCGCUCCUCUCGACACUUCAGCUUUCUCGUCAGAAGGUUGGUUCGAUGGUGGUGACGUCGGCUACAUGGACCAAGACGGUUAUUUGUUCGUCACUGGUCGGUCAAAGGAGAUCAUCAACAAGGGUGGCGAGGUCAUCUCUCCCUUCGAGAUCGAAGAGGCCAUCACGUCUCUCGCCUCGGGCCGGGUGAAGGCCACAAUCGCGUUCUCCAUCCCUCACGAUGUCCUGCAGGAGACCAUUGGUGUUGUCAUCGUUCCCCAGCAUGGCGCCCCUCGCAUCGGCCUCGGCGAGCUCAUCGAUUUGUUACAAGUGCAGCUCCACCCCUCCAAAUGGCCGUUUGCGAUUGUGUACAUGCCCGACUUGCCGAAGAACGCCGCGGGAAAGCCACUACGCAUCAAGCUCGCCGAGCGUCUUGGCCUUGAGCAGAUGACUGACGAGACACCUGCCGUCGUCCGUCACUUCGAGACACAGACUGUCCCCGACAAGAACGCACCUCUGUCGACGCCGAUCCCUUGCUCGGUCGUCUCCCUCGAUGUUCCCACAGUAGAGGACGCCAUCGCCAGUCUUCAGGGCGUCCGGGAAGUUACCGUUCGUCUGAGCAAAAGUGGCACUCCCGAGGCGCUUGUGGCGAUCAACCCUGCUUCUGGUCUCGACUCUGUCUCCAUUGUCGACUUGCUGGUCAAGAUCGUAUCCGGUUACUCCGUGCCAAAUCCUCUCUACGUCUUCUCUGAGCUCCUCGCCAGGAAGCAGGAUGGCACAGUUGACUGGGACGUUAUGGAAGCCGAGAUGGCCCGCCGGAACGCACGUAGCCUGUCUUCCCAGGGUCUUGUCAUUCGUACGAUCGUUGCGGAGCUAUUGGACAAGGAUCCGGCCUCCAUUUCUGGCGACAGCGACUUCUUCCUCCUAGGUGGCAACUCGCUUCUCUUGGGCCGUCUUGCGCACAUGAUUCGCAAGGAGACCGGAACCACUGUGCGGGUUGCCGCCAUCUUCGCUAACAGCACCGUAAACGGAAUCGCAUCCUUGAUCGAAGGCGACAGUGACAGCGAAUCGCGUGCUGAAGUUGACAAGACCGCCGUCAACACUACUGCGGGCAGCUCCGCGGCGUCCGUCAACGAGUUGCCGGCCAGCACGGAGCCCGACCUACCAUCCCUCGAGAGUCAAGACCUCGCCCAGGACAACGGCCGCAGCCAGACUCACGUACUGGCGCUCCUCGUACAAGUUAUCCCUUCAUUGCUGUUCUAUCCUCUGAAGGUCGCGUUCACGUGGACGAGCCUCGUCUUGUUCCUUUCCCUCUUCACGACUGCCAUCGAUGGCUCCUUCUGGCAGCGUAUCGGGUCCCUGUUCGCAGCUAUUAUUGCCGCUCGCCUUCUUUCGAGGAUCGUCCUUCCCGUCGUCGGCAUUGCUCUGAAGUGGAUCAUCAUCGGACGUUACAAGCCAGGGACUUACCGCUUCUGGAGCAACUACCACCUUCGCUGGUGGAUUAUCAACCAGGCUCUCCGUAUCUUCGGCCGCGGUAUUUUCUCUGCGCACCCCUACCUCGAGGUUGUAUACUUGCGCAUGCUUGGAGGACGUGUUGGCCGGAACGUCGUCAUCGACUCAGAUGCGACGCUCGGUGAGUACGACCUUCUGACCAUUCACGACGGCUGCCGCAUCGACAAUGCCCUCGUACGUGGCUUCUGCGUGGAGCGCGAUGGGUGCUUCCGCCUUGAGCCUAUCGUCAUCGGCCGUGGUGCCAUCAUCAGCGCUCAUACGCAGAUUUCUCCCGGCGCCGCUAUUCCUGAUGGCGCGAUUUACGGACCGCACGCUUCUUCUUACGACGAGCCCUCCCCCAACACCCACGCUCAAUUCGGUCGCGCGGCCAUUCCCGACCCGCACUGGGCACCCAGACUCUUCGUGGCAUACCCUGUCAUCGUCCUUGUGAAGAUUGUUUCGUAUGCCCCUUGGGUCGCAGCCCUCUACCUCUUCGUUAUGCAAUCGAGCGCUGGCAACCUCACCGCGGUCGAGCGCGUCAUUGUUUGGUUCUCGUCACCGGCACGCGUCGCUUGGCACGCCUUCGCGCGAAUCGUCAGAUUGACUUGCACGCCAGUCCUCCAGCUCAUCCUUGGCAUUGUCGUCAAGCGCAUCAUGGGCCUCAACAGCGAGGUUUAUGCUGAGGACGCUUCGCAGUGGGCUCUGACCCGCCGUUUCAUCAAUCUACAUUUGCUCAGCACACAUGCCAUGAAGCGGGCGUUCGACAUCAUCGGUUCGCAACCGGAGACGAUUUCAAUCUUCUGGCGAUGCUUGGGCGCGAAAAUCGGCAAGCGCGUGUACUGGCCCGCGUCGGGUGUUUACUGCCCGGAUCCUGAGCUCUUCGAAGUCGGCGACGACGUCGUGUUCGGGUCCCAGUCUGCAGUGUUCACCACGGACGCCCACGGCUCGGACAGGAUCGUCGUCAAAUCGGGUGCUAUGAUCGCUGACCGCGUUGUCCUCCUUCCUGGUGUGACCGUGGGCGAGCGUACCGGUAUGGGCUCUGGUGCGAUCGCGAAGCGGGACAUGUCAUACGCGGACGGCUCGGUCUGGAUGGGUUCAGAGGGCGGGGAAGCGGUCUGCUUCAAGAGCGGUAACAAGGAGGGGGCCGACGACACCAUUUCGCCGUCCACGCCCUUCGGCCCCGAGUUCUACAAGCGCGAGGCGUCCUAUUCCGCACUUCCAUACCCGCUCCUGAUCAUCUUCAAUAUCCUCGUCGCCAUCGUCUGCGCAGGCUAUUGGUCGAUUGGCCCCGUCUUCGGCAUCCCGGUUCUCAACCAGCUUCGUGUACACCUUCCCCGACUACAUCUCUUUGCUCCGGGAGCUCGGUCGAUCUUCGUCCUAUUCGGGCUACUGGCGUGCUGGUUCAUCCUGAUUUUGAUCACCCAGGCGGUCAUCGCCCUCCUAUGGGUCGUCGUGACGAAGUGGAUCCUCGUCGGCCGCAGGAUCUCCGGCAGCUCGUACUCUCAGCGCUCGCAGCUUCAUCUUGUCCUCUCGAAGCCUCUGUACAGAGGCUACGGCAUCGGGGGUGUCAUUGGCGCGAUUAGCGGGUCUGCUUUUAUUGUCUGGUUCUACCGCGCUAUGGGCGCGAAGAUCGGGAAGAACUGCGCGAUAUUCGCUGGUGGCUUUACGGGUUUGAUGACAGAGCCUGGCCUUGUUGAUUUGGGCGAUAACGUCGCACUCGAUAACUGCUCAGUCGUUUCUCACAUCGACUCCCGUGGGGAAACAUCUUCGAGUGUCUUGACAAUCGGCCCUGGAUGUGCGUUGCGCUCGGGUUCCCGCCUGCUCUCGGGAGCAUCUAUGGAGCCCACCUCUAUGCUUAUCGAACACACACUCUUGACGUCGGGCGAGAGUGCCGUGUCUGACGGCGUGUACGCCGGUUGGCCUGCGCGUCCCAUGGACGAAAAGGCGUUCCUUCGCAGCAGGACACGUUCUAUGGUGUUGACGACGUUCCACACCGAACGCCGCUACCGUAAACUUCAGCGAGUGCACGACAAACUCGACGACGACCGGCAAAGGAUGUAUAAGCAGGUCGAGAUACAAGACCGUGAGUUGCAGGAGGCGAAGCGGCAGAUAGAGCUUAUGCUGGGGUACACUUCGACUAUGCGCUCGAGGCCCAAGCGCUCAUGAGCGACGAGAUACCGUUAUCAUUUGUCCCCAGUCUGAAUAUUGUCGUUUUUCGGUAUGUUAGGGUCGUCAUCUGUUAUACCCGUAUCCUCCGCAUUCGCAAUGGACUCGCGUGCACUCUUCUAGGCAUGGUUGCUGUAUCUGUAGCACAUUCGUGUUCUUCUCGCUUGGCUUAGUUAUCGUGACUUUCUGAAGUUGUGCGCUUCAUUUCUUACGUACACGCAACAUAUGUACUAUGCUCUACUACAAUCG